UUUUUGUAAAAUACAAAAUCCACGCACGUUUUGACCAAAAAAUAUGUUUCGUUGCCGAGCGAAUGUCUGGCGACUUUAUUAACCGUAUUGUAAAACUAAAACCCCAGAAAAGCAAAGACACCGAACAAAAGAAAAGAAAUCAGGAGAGAUAAGAACAGAGACAGAGAUGGGAAAAGCGGAGAAAGAACAGCUGAAUCAAGCACUCACUGCCUACCUCAAUACCAUCCAUGAAACUUUGCAGGUGUUGGAUCAAACCUCUUCUUCUUUGGAGAAAGUGUCCUGGACUCAAGUUAUCCAGAUUGGUGAACAACUUUCCAAGCAAGCUACUAUUGCCGGAAUGCUUUGGAAUGGGAAAGCACCUGAAGCUAAAGAACUUGAGGAGAACAUAACAUCAUAUUUCAAUGUGCUACAGGGCUUCCUUUUGCUCUCCCAUGGAAGCACUGUUGACGCUGGCCCAACACUCUCUCUGAGCAUCCAUGAAUCUGUUAAGCAAGUUGUCGAUUGCAGUUUUAGGUUAAUGAAGGAAUCUGUCUCGUUAUAUGCAGGAUCUCGCAAUAAGGACAAGAAACUGUCAAUGCCUCAGUUUGUUGGAGCAGUAUGGGAGGCAUGUUCUUCUCUUAAGAAGGUCCCUGCCACAAAUGUGAUAGCGAUUGGGCGGGCAAUGACACAGAUAGCAGUUUCUGUGAAGGAUGUUCUUCGCGAGAUAAAGGAGCUCAAGCCUGCUCCCUCUGAUCUCGGAGACGAAGACUUUGGUGAUACUCGUACCAAAGCAGAAAGCGGGCCUGAAGAUGAUGAUUUAAGUGAGGAUGAUCUGGGCAGUGACUUGUCGCCUGAAGAAAUGAAAGUUGCUCAACUAGCUCAAGGGGUUGUAUCUGAGACACUUGUGACUAUAAAGGAACUUGUCCGCAUGAUCACUGGUUUGCUUAAUCUAGAAACUCCAGAUGACAAUAGUAAGUUUGUGGAUUCUUUGGAGAAAUUACUGAAGAUAUGUCGAGGAACGGGAGCACAAAUUGAUGAAAUUGGAGCCUGUCUUUAUCCGCCUCAAGAGAUUGCUGCGAUAAGGCUGGCUUUGGAGAAAAUGUCAAGUAGCAUUGAUGAAGUACAGCAAGAGGUGGAAUGUUUUGAAACAUUAUCUGAGCCCUUUGUUGAGGCUUGCAGUGGGUUGAGAACUCAAUUGAAAAAAAUGGAAUCUGAACUGGAUCGCUCCAGCACAACUGAGUUAGCGAGUCAAAUGCAGAACGUUGCUGUCAUCAAUUAGAUAUAGCCAAAUAGAGAGAGAAAGUGGGACUUGAAAUUUUGUUAACUGAACCCAACUUUUCAAGGGAAAAUUGUUCUGAAAACUAUUUUAAAUCUUUUACCGUUAAUUUCAUUUCUCGUUCUAUAUUGGAAGUCUUGAUCUGCAGUCUAGUGGCAGGGAUGAGAAUGGUUCGUUUUGAUCCAAUUAUUUUAAUUAUGUAAUAUUU